CUGACAUUCGCUAUCGCCAUGACACGUAAUAAAGCCGAAGACAGUUGCAGUGCCAAACAAAUCAGUACCGAUACUUGGCUAGUUUAUCUAUAGGUGGCGACCCGAUUACACCGCUCAAAAUGGCCGACGAGAUGGAUUACGCGGACGCGCCAAAAAUCAACAUCGCGAGCGCCAUCGGCGAAAAACUACAAGAAUCAAUAAAAAACAUGGACGUAAUGUCUAUGCUCAAAAACAUGGCCGAACAAAUACCUCAAGACGAAGACGCAGAAGGCGUUCAGGAUAAACUUAAAGAUGUGAUUGAGAAGUAUAAUGCUAUGACAGAUGAAGAAAGGGAGGAGUUUACUAGUAAAAUGAAAGAAGCUAUAGUAAGCAAGAUUUCUAUGAAACUGCAGGAUCCCAAUGCGUUUGAUAUGAGCGCAAUUACAGAAGCUAUUGAGGACGCUGUGAGAUUUCAGCUGAUGCUUAUUGGUGGUGCUAUUAUACUUUUCCUGAUACUCUUAGUAUUCUUCGGCUACAAACUCUACAAGUCCAUAAAAGAUAAAGAAGUAAAAAGGGAAGAAAAGAAGAAAGCCAAGCAGAUGAAGAAGAAGAAAUGACCUACCGACUUGACAAUCGACAAACUGUACUCAGGCUUUUAUCGUCUUAUCGUUGUCGAUAAAACUUUUCAUGUCACGUUUGGAGCGUAGAGAUAUGGAGAACAUGUCGUUACUAUUUCAGCAAUUCCCGUAAGCCUUCGGUAAUUGUGUCAUAUAC